AUGAAAGUCACCAUCAAGGAGUGGAACACGGUCGCUACCUGGCGAUGGGAUAUUCCUGAGGACGACGUCUGUGGUAUCUGCCAGGUCCACUUCGACGGGACGUGUCCGACUUGCAAAUAUCCCGGUGAUAGCUGCAGCCUGUUAUCGGGAAAAUGCGGCCACAACUUUCACAUGCAUUGCAUACUCGAAUGGAUCAAGCAGGACUCUUCGAGGGGUCAGUGUCCUAUGUGUCGUCAA